AUGGGUACGGCAAUCGGAUUAGGUGGGCUCAACCCACCCCCUCCAUCAGACAGCACUGUGCGGGUCCGUAUGAUAGACACGAAAUCUUUCAUGUCAUUGCAUGCUUUUUCCUUUGUCAAGCCGGUAAUGCCUGGACACGAGCGAAUGAGCGUAACAACGGUGGCCUUUUUGAUCGAGAAUGAACGACUGGGAAAGAAAGCGAUGUUUGAUCUCGGAACACGAAAAGACUACUGGAACUCCCCGCCAUUCACGCUCACGAGAAUCGAGGCCGCAAUUCCAGGUGUGAAGAUUGAGAAGGACGUGACCGAGAUUUUGCAGGAACAAGGCAUGAAGCUGAGCGAGAUCGAUGAUAUUAUCUGGUCUCACAGUCACUGGGACCAUAUGGGCAGCCCACAUUUAUUUCCUUCAUCGACGAACUUGUCCUAUGGCAAAGGAACCGGACCAUUCCCUACAUACCCCGAGAACCCAAACUCAAAUCUCAAUGCCGAUGAUUUCAAGGGCAGAAAAUGUGUUGAGAUUGACUGCACAGACUUACACAUCGGACCAUUCCCAGCCACCGAUUUCUAUGGAGAUGGAUCCCUAUAUCUGCUAGACACCCCCGGCCACUGGCCAGGGCAUAUAUGUGCUUUGGCUCGCACUACACCAGACACUUUUGUCUUCCUUGGUGGAGACAUUUGCCAUUUUGCAGGCGAUUUUAGGCCUAGCGAGGAAAUCCCGCUACCGGUCUCUAUUCCCGCAGAUGCUCUUCUCAACAGUCAAAAAUACCCGAUGCCAUGUCCUUGCGAGUUCUUCUCAGCUCAUCAUCCUCAGCUUCGGGAAAUUGGGCCAUCAGUUGAUACAAAAUCCACGCCAUUUUACCAACUCUCGACACACGCGCAUUCAACAUACAAAGACCCAGCCACUGCUGCGAUUACGACCUACGGAAUGCAAAAAUAUUUCGACGCUGAUCCCAAUGUCAUGGUCUUUCUAGCUCAUGACACAUCUUUACUGGAUCAUUUACCCACUUUCAAUGAAAGUCCCGACGAAGAUCUCAAUGAUUGGAAGGAGUCGGGAUUUAAACAGAAGUGUCACUGGGGGUGGAUGGGUGAGCUCCCGCGAUAUGAUAAAGAUGGAAAUGUGAUUGGGCCAGGGAAUCGGGAAAAGCCGAUUGUUGAUGGCCUUUGGGUGGAUGGUGCUCUGGUAGAAGGCUUCAUGAAAUAG